UAUUUUUUUGUAACAUUGUCGAUAAAAUCAUAAGUCGGAAUUGGAAACGGAGUUAAGUUAGAUUAGGUUAACUUAACUUAUAUGAAUUUGCGCUGUCUUAUAUCAUAACCUCUCGCUCUUAGGUUUUCCUCUUUUUUUUUUCUUCUUUGAUCAGCGAUUCUUACAGAAGUAGAACGGGAUAGAAGUUCGUGAGCAUUCGCGACGGUUUCGGAGGAUCAUGCGACUCGUGACAACAGUGAAUGCUAAGCUGCUGCUAAUCCUGCGACAGCGCGGGACAAUCACGCGCUCGUUCCGCGGAGACCGGUCAGCCGCGGAUUACCAUGUGCCGUCGCCGAUCUGCGCCAGAUCGCGAUUGACGCGAGCAGGAUACCCGGGUUAUAAAUCAGGAUUACUGAGAACCAUCCGGUUUCAUCCCGCAAUAACGUCGGUGAGAUUUUUCACGGCGAAAAGAUAUUCCGAUCGGGAUCCUCCGAGCGAUGGUAAUGGAGAACAAUCUGGAGAUUAUCCUGCCUCUCUGCCUGCAACUGUAGUGGUGCCUGAUGUAUGGCCUCAUGUACCAGUCAUUGCUAUCAAUAGAAAUCCAGUGUUUCCCAGGUUUAUUAAGCUAAUCGAGAUUAGCAAUCCAGUUCUGAUAGAUUUAAUACGUAGAAAGAUAAAAUUAAAUCAGCCUUAUGUGGGAGUCUUCUUGAAGAAAUCUGAAGAGAAUGAAGCUGAUGUCGUUCAAAGUUUGGAUGAUAUUUAUCCGAUUGGAACUUUUGCCCAAGUACAUGAGGUGCAGGACCUGGGAAAUCGCUUAAGAUUGGUAAUUAUGGCACACAGAAGAAUUAAGGUUGUUAAUCAAAUUUUUGAGGAUGCCACUCCGAAAGUAGAACACGAGAUGAAACUGACGUUUCCACUAUUAAAUACCACAAUUACCGUCCCUGUAGACGACACAAUGACCAGUGGCAAGAUAAACCGGAGAUCAUUGCGAAAAAAGGCAGAGAAUAGAGUUACAGAACGAACAGAAAAAACAGAAAAGAUUAAUGAAACGAAAUUUACGGAAAUAAAACCGCCGAUAGAUUCGUCCGAGAAAAAUGUGGAGAAACCGUCGAUAGAUUCGUCGAUCCCUCAAUCUGAUAGUCAACCUGUACUAAUGGUGGAAGUUGUAAAUGUCACACACGAAAAGUUUAAGCAAACUGAAGAGAUUAAGGCUUUGACGCAAGAACUCAUCAAAACAAUCCGAGAUAUAAUCAGCAUGAAUCCUUUAUAUCGUGAAUCUUUGCAACAAAUGCUACAUCAAGGACAAAGAGUUGUGGAUAAUCCUGUUUACCUUAGCGACUUGGGUGCUGCCUUAACUGGAGCAGAUGCACAGGAAUUGCAACAAGUUUUAGAGGAAAUGGAUAUUCUAAAAAGGUUGAGGUUAUCGCUUGCGCUUUUGAAAAAGGAAUAUGAAUUAAGUAAGCUGCAGCAGAAAAUUGGUAGAGAGGUCGAGGAGAAAGUAAAACAACAACAUAGAAAAUAUAUUCUUCAUGAACAAUUAAAAGUUAUUAAGAAAGAAUUAGGGCUGGAGAAGGAUGACAAGGACGCGAUAGAAGAAAAGUACAGGGAAAGAAUAAAACAAAAGACUGUUCCUAAACCGGUUAUGGACGUGUUGGAAGAGGAAUUAAAUAAACUUUCCUUUUUGGAAAGUCAUAGUAGCGAAUUCAAUGUUACAAGAAAUUAUCUCGAUUGGCUCACGUCUAUGCCAUGGGGUGUGACAAGUAUGGAGAAUUUAAAUCUUCAAGAUGCCGUUAAAAUUUUGGAUGAGGAUCAUUAUGGAAUGGAUGAUAUAAAGAAAAGAAUACUUGAAUUUAUUGCUGUUAGUCAACUUAAAGGCAGUACGCAAGGAAAAAUAUUAUGUUUCUACGGGCCUCCUGGGGUCGGCAAGACUUCAAUAGCUAAAUCGAUUUCUCGCGCUUUGAACAGAGAAUAUUUUAGGUUUAGUGUCGGUGGAAUGACAGACGUGGCAGAGAUUAAAGGACAUAGGAGAACGUAUGUGGGAGCCAUGCCAGGCAAAGUCAUUCAGUGUUUGAAAAAGACCAAAACUGAGAAUCCAUUGAUUCUAAUAGACGAAGUCGAUAAGAUCGGCAAGGGACACCAAGGGGAUCCAGCAUCUGCUCUUCUCGAAAUGCUCGAUCCAGAACAGAAUGCAAACUUUCUGGACCAUUAUUUAGAUGUUCCAGUAGAUUUAUCGAAAGUGCUAUUCAUUUGCACGGCAAAUGUAAUAGACACCAUUCCGGAACCCCUGAGAGAUCGUAUGGAGAUGAUAGACAUGUCCGGUUACGUUGCCGAAGAGAAGCUCGCUAUCGCGAAACAAUACUUAGUUCCACAAGCUAGAACUGAGUCUGGUCUCAGCACAGAGCAAAUUAGCAUACAAGACAAUGCACUCACGGCAUUAAUCAAAUCUUAUUGUCGAGAAUCCGGGGUGAGGAGUCUGCAGAAACAUAUAGAAAAGGUGCACAGAAAAGUGGCGUUUAAGGUUGUCAAGAAGGAAGUCGACAAGAUCGAUGUCACCGUGGACAACUUACAGGAGUUUGUGGGCAAGCCUGUAUUCACACACGACAGAAUGUACGAAAGAACACCGCCCGGAGUUGUGAUGGGACUGGCGUGGACCGCUAUGGGCGGAUCCACGUUAUUCAUCGAGAGUACCAUCAGAAAACCGACGGGCGGCAAGAAAGCCGAGGGUACCUUCGAAGUUACCGGUCAUCUGGGCGAUGUAAUGAAGGAGUCCAUACAUAUCGCGAUGACUGUGGCGAGGAAUUACCUGAAACAGGAGGAUUCUUCAAAUACGUUUCUGUACGAUUCCCAUUUGCAUAUACACGUGCCUGAAGGAGCGACUCCGAAAGACGGACCUAGCGCAGGUGUGACAAUUGCUACUGCGUUAUUAUCCUUGGCUAAAAACCAAGCUAUCAGACAAGACGUAGCAAUGACGGGCGAGUUGAGUCUUAUGGGCAAAGUACUUCCUGUUGGUGGUAUCAAAGAGAAAGUUAUUGCAGCGAAGCGAGUCGAUGUUAAAUGCAUAAUUUUGCCCGACGAGAAUAAGAAAGAUUUCAACGAUCUACCUAAAUAUAUUACAGACGGUCUGGAAGUGCAUUUUGCUUCGACGUUUGACGAUGUUUAUCGUAUAUGUUUCCCAAAAACGAACGAGAUCGAUUCUCUUCGAUCAGCUAAACCAAUCACUGAUCAUGUUUCGUCCGCACAGCCAACAUUUGGAUAAAAUAAUAUACAGGGUGGAUCAUUCCGAAUCAGACAUA